AUGAGAGAAGAGGUGUCCUGCACCAACUCCCCCGAAGGAGGUCUGGGGGCAAGUGAAGAGGAACUGGAACGAGGAUCGAAAAAGUCCAACCAAGCAGGAAAUCGAAAACGUUCCCCUUUCCCCAAGAAGGACAGCCUGGGUCAGGCGGAGGAGAGCAGCACCGGCAGCCCCACCAGCCUGCUGCCAACUGGUCCGAAGAAGGUGAAGAAAAGCCCUACGACAGUCGUGUCGUUGGCCCCCACGUCGCUGGGCCCCAGGCUGGACCAGCCGUUUGAGGACCUCCACUCUCAGCGUGUCAUCGCCAACGUGCGGGAGCGUCAACGCACUCAGUCCCUGAACGAUGCCUUCUCCUCUCUACGCAAAAUCAUCCCAACGCUUCCUUCAGACAAGCUGAGCAAGAUCCAGAUCCUGAAGCUGGCCUCGCGCUACAUCGACUUCCUCUACCAGGUGCUGCAGAGCGACGAGAUGGACGCCAAGCUGGCCAGCUGUAACUACCUAGCCCACGAAAGACUGAGCUACGCUUUCUCCGUCUGGAGGAUGGAGGGAGCCUGGGCAAUGUCCACCAGCCACUAG